GGUCGGUCAUCUUGAAAUUGAUGACCUCGCCCAAAUGUCGCAAAGCAAUCACUGGAUAAAAACAAAGCUUUACAUAAGGGCUAUAGAAGACGUGGAUCAUUGGAACCGGAGUGAUAAUGGCAGAAAUGGAGGAGGACAUUGCUGACCACUUGCCUGUUGACGAUGAAGAUGAAGAGUCUGAGAGGGACGAAGAUGAGAUUAGAGAGUUUGACUGGUUGGUGGAGGAGGCCGAAGAACUUGACGACGACGACGAGGAAGAUGAGGAUGUGGUUGUUCCGAACACUGAGGCAGAGUCCAUUGAGCUGGACCAGCCAGCUGAGCGCAGUGGUCACAUAGCAGUAGUGGAUGGCCACUGCAUGUAUGUUUGGGGUGGAUAUAAGAAUUCCCAAACUACAGGUUACUUCGACUUAUACUUGCCGCGGAAUGAAAUCUGGAUCUACAACAUGGAGACCCAGCGAUGGAAGAAGCAGAUGACCGGGGGGAACCUGCAUGCAUCCAUGUCUGGCAGUUGUGGGGUGUGUGUGGACGGAGUGCUCUAUCUGUUUGGAGGCCACCAUGCCAGGGGAAAUACUAACAGGGUCUUUCGACUCCCUCUCCGAACACCUGUUCUCAUCUGGGAGGAGAUGAAGGAUCUCAAGGGCCUGGCCCCCUCCUGCAAGGACAAACUGGGCUGCUGGGUCCACAAAAAUAGGAUAAUAUUCUUUGGGGGCUACGGCUGUGUGGCACAAGGAGCUCACCGAGGGACAUUCGAAUACGAUGAGACGUCAUUCAUGGGAGAUAAUCCGGGGCGGGGCUGGAACAACCACAUUCACAUCCUGGAUCUGGAGACAUCGGCGUGGAGCCAGCCGGUUACCAAGGGCACUGCCCCCUCACCCCGGGCGGCUCAUGCCUGUGCCAAGGUGGGCAACCGAGGCUAUGUGUUCGGAGGGCGCUACAGGGAUUACCGCUUGAACGACUUGUACUACGUCGACAUGGAGACGUGGGAGUGGCACGAAAUGAGUGUUCCACAGCACGGUCCCGUGGGGCGCUCGUGGCACUCCCUAACCCCUGUGUCACCUGACCACGUGUUCCUGUUCGGAGGCUUCACCACAUACAGGGAGACGCUGAGUGACGCGUGGCUGUACUGCAUCAGCAAGAACGAGUGGCAGCAGUUCAAACACAGCCACAUGGAGAGCCCAAGGCUCUGGCACACGGCGUGUUCCGGCCCUGACGGAGAGGUGUUUGUGUUCGGCGGCUGUGCCAACAACCUGCUGUCCCAACAGAGAGCGGCGCACAGCAAAGAGUUACUGAUCUUCACAGUCCAACCCAAGUCACUCGUCUGGUUCUGCAUGGAGACGGUUCUGCAGCACAGGGAGAGGCUGUCUGGGUCCUGGGACUGCCUGCCGAAACACCUGCUGCACACCCUCAAGCAGAGGAUGGGAGGCAUCAACACCCUGGGGUCAUAGAAGACCCGACGCCGACACGCCGUUUUGGUGGUCGCCGGGGCUCUGUGUGUGUGUAUGUGACCACUGACUGCCAUGUCCCUGCUGCUGAUUGUAAAGCAUGGCUCGCCAUGGCGACGGGGAGGGGUUGGGCGGGCAAGGUAAAUUAAUGUAAAUAGGUUUUGUAGAGACAAGUGUUUGCGAGUCCCAGAGGCGCGUCAGUCAGCGAAGAUGGCGAGUGUUCAUCCUUCUGAUUCUGCGCGCUUUUAUGUACAUACUGUAUUGCAUAUAUAUUUUUGUGUGGAUUUGUUGUGACAGUGUUAAAGUCUAUUUUCUAAAGGAAAAGUACCAUGUUCAGUCCUGCUGGAGUUGUAUCUUUGACGGUGUUAGUCAGAAGAGGCUUAAAAAUGCAUUUUGUCCGUUUUAAUCAGGUAAUACCACCAGUUAAGCAUUAACGCUGGAGCCACAGUACACUCAAGUUCCCAUCACUGCAUUUAAAAACCUGUUUUGUAUUAUUCCUGUCUGAUUUGCACAAGUUUCUCUAGACUUUUAUUGUAAAAUACAUUGUACAAAAUUAAGUUAAAUGAGUCAUUUUGAAUCAAGGAAAAAAAAUAAACCGGAUGUAUGCCAAAUCAGA